CAAUCAUCUUUCAGCUCUCACGAUCUCACGGAGAUGACAUCGAAUGUGGUUAACAAGAUGGCGGACGCAGGUGGUCAUCCUGUAAACUUGCGCAGCACCGUCAUCCAGGAUCCUCCUCCUUUCCUGGACGGCCUCGCGCAAGGGUUGAUCAACCCCUCUGGGACCCGCAUCCGGAUUCAUUGACCAAUAUCAUAUCUCCUUGACGUUCAUUACAUGUGUGCGCGAGAAUUCAUGUUUCUUCCUUUUUUUCUUUCUUCAUGAACAGCGCAGAAAAAUCCUGGGGUAGUCAAGAUGCAGCUUCUCAGGUUAAUUGCAGGAUGCGCCAUUCUCUCAUUACCCGUAUCUGCUUUGCUCGCAGAUGAUCCGUCUUCAGAUCCUUAUUCAUGUUCUGCCAGUAAGCCUUGUAAAAUUGGCUGUUGUUCAAAAACUGGCGUCUGUGGUCUUGGACCACAGUUCUGUGGAUCAGAUGUUUGUAUAUCUUCGUGUGAUGCUAAAAGCGAAUGCGAUCCUGGCUGGGGAGCACAGUGGUCAAACAAAGAAGGAUGCCCACUGAAUGUUUGCUGCAGUAAAUAUGGAUUCUGCGGCACUACCAGCGAGUUUUGUGGAAGCAAAAAGGUAGCGGAGCCUUCCUGUGGCGGAAACAGCGCAAGUCAAAAGGUCAUUGGAUACUAUGAAGGAUGGUCAAGUACCAGACAAUGCCGAGGAAUGUAUCCCGAGGAUCUUUUAUUGACGGCAUAUACUCAUAUGAAUUAUGCCUUUGCAUUCGUGGACCCCAAUUCUUUCGCGGUUGCGCCCAUGUCCGCCGGUGACACCGAACUGUAUCCGCGCUUCACGGCCCUCAAAAAAUACAAUCCUGGACUACAGACUUGGAUCUCAAUUGGUGGCUGGUCAAUGAAUGAUCCAGACCAACCCACAGCGGCUACUUUCUCAAAUCUGGCUGGCUCUGCUGAUGCACAGUCCAAGUUCUUCAAGUCCCUGGUCAAUUUUAUGUCCACUUACGGGUUUGAUGGAGUAGAUAUCGAUUGGGAGUACCCAGUCGCACCCGAGCGCUCAGGAAAACCGGCUGAUUUUGCAAAUUAUGUCUCCUUUCUUAAAAACCUGAAGAACGCCCUCGGUUCUGGUGGACAUAAUUAUGGCCUCACUAUCACACUACCGUCUUCGUAUUGGUAUAUGCAAAACUUUGACAUCAAGUCAAUUGAGCCAAUUGUCGAUUGGUUCAACGUCAUGACAUAUGAUUUGCACGGGACAUGGGAUUCCACCGAUCCAUAUAUUGGAGCGGUGGUCAAUGCGCACACAAACCUGACGGAAAUCACCCAAACUUUCGAUCUCUUAUGGAGGAACAGCAUCGAUCCUUCAAAGGUAGUCAUGGGCAUGGGAUUCUAUGGCCGUAGCUUCACCCUCUCCGAUCCAUCUUGUAACACCGCUGGAUGUCCCUUUUCCAGUGGUGGAAACCCAGGCCCUUGCUCGGCUUCGGCUGGUACACUCAUGUAUUCUGAGAUUGAGGAUAUUGUUUCAGCCGGUGCCACUGUCACGGAGGAUAAAGAUGCUGGUGUUGCCAUUGUGACAUGGGGUGGAAACCAAUGGGUAUCAUACGACAAUGCGGAUACCCUCAAGCAAAAGAUGGAUUAUGCAAACGGGAAAUGUCUAGGAGGGGUCAUGAUCUGGGCCGCGUCAACUGACGAUGCGUCUGGCACCGCGAUCAAGGCGUUAACCGGGGCAGCCGGCCGCAACACAUUCACCGAAGCAGCACUCUUCAAUUGGCCUAAGAAGCCAAUUGGACAGUGUGUUUGGGGUGACUGCGAUGCUGGAUGUCCUACAGGCUUUCAGCCUGCCACUGGUACCGGUGGGAAAGUCAGUGGAUACGCUGGCAUUUUUAAUGGCUGCAAAAAGGGAUCCAGCAGAUACUAUUGCUGCCCUACAGGAUCGGCGCCAAAAUGCGAAUGGAAGGGAACGGCUCCCUUUUGUGGAGCAACUUCUGGCGGUCGUUGCAGUGACAACGAAGUCGAAGUGACAACUAGCACCUCUGCAACUGGACACACCUGCUGGACAGGUCACAAAUCACUGUGCUGCAGCCACACUGAUUCCGAUAACACUCUUGGUCAAUGCUCGUGGGAGGGUUCGGCACCAUUUUGCACGACAGCUGGUGUGCUACUUAGUCCUGGAGUCUUCUUUACUUCGGCCAAUUGUCCGAGUGAUAAACCGAAUAAACAGACGACUUCGAAAUAUGGCCCCGGCGGCGAUAAACCUUGUCUCUACGAUGGUGGAUGGAAAUCGUACUGCUGCGCAAAUCCCAACCCUUGGGCCAACUCUCAUUGUGCUUGGCAUCAGGGAACCGCCGAUAGCUGGACAGGAUGGGCCCAAUCUUGGAUUGCCGGCGGAUUGGCGCACGGUAUUUUGGCACCGGUCCUGGGCACAGACUGUAAAGGAGAAUGUCCUGCCGGGCAAGUCCCUAUUGCAACCGACGGAACCAGUUGUCAGCCUGGAACCUAUUCCUACUACUGCUGUGAUAACCCCAAUGCUCCCGCACUCCCCGCUCCCGGAGACAUCUCUCUAUGUCCCUCUCCACCUGGUCUUCCAGGUCGCAACAGCGGUCCUGAUCCUGACGGUUCUGCUCCACACAUUUACGCCGAGGCCGACGAUUUUGACGGUGAUUGUACGCUAUACGCAUUAAGCAGCUCAACAUCGAAACUGAAAGCUCGAGACCUUGACACGCUUACCAUUGAGGACGUGCGACGCUGGGAACAGGAUCUUCUCACCAUCAAAUUGUCUAGCAACGGAGGAGAAGUUUUGCUUAAUGACUUCUGGGAGCCCGAAUUCGACAGUGACGAACCCCUCUCCGAAAACAAUCACAGCCUUGAAGCAAGAAGUCUCCUUGCCAAAAGGACCCUUGACAAGGGCUCGAAAUUGAAAUUUUGCUCUCCGGGCCAGCCGGACAUUUACAUGUACCCACAGACAUACAGCGGAUACCGUACAAUCGCUCGACUGGCAAACAAGGGUUGGAUCACUAUCGCAAAACCAGCCAUUUGCGGCGCCAUUGGUGUUGCAUCACUUUUGACUCAGCCCAAUAAUGAAGAUUUCGUCACGGAGCACGUUUUCGAAAAGCAAUCGCUGCGCAACGCAAUUCAAUAUAUGACUAACGGUAAAUUGCCCGGUGGAGGUGCCCUGUCUGCUGGCAAAGCAGCAGUCACUGGCGUUUUUGACGCAACAGGGGCCUUUUUCUCAAAUUGGCCGUCUGCGCUGACGCCUUCCUUUGGUGAUACCCCGCAAGCGACUGCAUUUGGAGCCCUCGGACACGCACAAGCGCCCGCAGAUUAUGCAAACUUGCAAGUCUGCGAUGCCGACCUGAACGCUAUCAAGGAACGGAUUGUCGCGGGCAUUACUUUCCUCUCGAGCGACAAAUGGAAAGCCUUUGGUGAAUUGGAAAAAGUCUCCUAUCUCUCCGAUGUUAUAGACACUUUUUCAUACAUGAGAUAUACGCAAACCGCGCAGUCGUAUAAUGCAGCGUACAAAUCGCUCGUUAGCUUUUGGUCAUUGUUCUCAAGUCAUCCCAGCGCCCAAGCCGGCUACGAUUACGUCGGAGCAUUCAAGCAAAUCGUCAGCGCGGACAUUGACAACCAAGUCUCCACGGCGACCACGCUGUUCAAAACGUAUCUCCAGGAUGCCAUUAGCAUUUGGAAUGAUCCUUCUAUCACGGGUGUCCAUCCCGCAUCGGUAGUCACGGAGAACCAAGACGCAUUAGCGGAUUUCUUGAAGAAUAUCGGUACUUAUAUUAGUCUCGACAAACUUACCAUGACGAGCUGA